GGAUUGAACAUCCAGAGUGACUCAAGGAAGCAGGGAAAGAGAUUUUUUUCCUCAGCAGGCUGUAGUUUUUCCUCAGGAAGAAGAAGCCGUUCAGCUCAUACUCUGGGCCUGAGAGGAAAGCCUCCCUACCAGGAUAAACCCGGCGGCGCUGCCAGCAGCCAGACAUCCUCUAAACUUUUUAUUUUAUUGACAUUUUACCACAAAGAUUUGGAUCUGAGAAGCAGACAACUGUUAGCCGAGUUUGGGGGCUUCGGGCAGGCUGCUGUCCUGUGGGAUGGAUGACGGCCAAGAGCAGGACAACUCUGAGGAGCGCCUGAAGGAGGUUUUCUACAGCUUUGACUCAAGCGGCUGCGGCUCUCUGAGUCCGGAGGAGCUCUCUGAUCUCUGUCAAUCUCUGAACCUGGACGAUGCAACGCCUAUCCUUCUCCAUCAGCUUCUCCAGGACCAAGACAACUUCACUGCCAGGGUUAAUUUUGACCAGUUCAAGCAUGCACUCAUCCUGGUUUUGUCAUCAACCAUUGAGCCCCAAGCUGAGGAGGAACCCGUGUCAGAGCCAGAGUCUCCUGAGAUCCAACCGAAGUUUGUGAAAGGCAGCAAACGUUACGGCCGCCGCUCCACUCCAGAGUUACUGGAGCCGCCUCAGAACCUGUCUGAAGUUACCAACAUCAACGCAGCCGCCGAGGAGGAUUUGGAGGACAACUAUGACUCGGCGGUUCCCAGGAAGCGUGAGCGCUGGAAUCCCAACGAAAGCAGCUCAGAGGAGUACGAGGCUGAGGGUCAAAUGCAUCUUUGGAACCCCGAUGAGCCAAGCACGCCCCGGGGAACCAGCGAGCCUCUGUCGGCCCGCGUGGAGGAGCGACUGCGUGGAGCUUGCGAGGAGCUGGAGAUGGACUGGGACGGCUGUGCUGCUCACUCUGAACUGCUGGCUCUGUGUGAACAUCUGGGCCUGGAGGUGAACAGUGAUGUCCGCCUCAGUCUGACUGAUGAUGGAGAGAUGAACGUACAGGAUUUUUUCUCCAGAGUCGUGAACAACAACAAACCGCUAACGCCCUCCGCUUCCACUCCAUAUAGGCAACUCAAACGGCAUCACUCUACUCAGCCAUUUGAUGAGGGGGGGCGUAGAAUCUCCACUCUGACCAGCACCAUCGGCUUGCGUUUGUUCUCUACCCUUGAUGAUGGGAGCGGUUUCUCUCCGGCUGAAUACAUCCUGGAUGCCUGGAUAGAGGAAGGAAUAGAAAACAGCGCAGAGAUCCUCCAGGCUUUGAAUUUCGACCUAGAUGGAAAGCUGAGUUUGGGUGACCUCACUGUGGCCCUUGAAAACGAACUGCUCAGUACCAAGAAUCAGGUUCACCAAGCAGCGCUAGCAAGCUUCAAAGCUGAAAUCCGAUAUUUGCUAGAGCGAGUAGACAGAGAAGCCCGGGAGAAGGAGAAAAUCCGAUCUGAUCUGGAAAAAGCUGAAAAGCAGAAGACUCAGCUCGCCACUGAGGUGGAUGAGCAUCACUCUGCAAUCGAGCAAAUGAAUAACCUCAAUCUCAGGAAACUUGAACAAGACUACAAGGAGAAACUGGCGGCUGUACGAUCGGAGCUGAUGAAGGAGAUGGACCAGAUGCAGCAGCAGGCAGGUCUGCAGCGGGAAGAACUGGAGGCAGAGAUGGAGAAGAUCAGGGAAGAUGAAUCACUGCUGAGGGAUCAUCUCUCUAUCUCACUGAAGGAAAACCGGCGACUGGAGGUGGAAUUACUUGACAGCACUGAAAAGCUCACAGAGGCGCAAAGCCAAGUAACCAAACUCCAGGCGAAUUUAGAGAACAUCAUGAAAGAAAAGUUUGGAGACCUAGAUCCAGGCAGUGCUGACUUCUUUCUUCAAGAGGAGCGAAUUAAACAGCUACGCUGCAGCUAUGAAGAACAGUGCCGGGAGUUGCAGGAUCGAAUCGAUGAGCUGCAAUCAGAGCUGCGGGAGUUUCACACUCUUGGAAGAUCUCAUGAGUCCGGCGGUAAACCUCUGUCCGAGGAGCUGGAGAGCAAAAGCCCUGGCAUGGAGUCCGACCCAGGUAUCGGUUCAGACGAGGUUCAGCCUUUCAGCAUGAGCCUUGAAGCUGAGAUGUUGCUGGAGCAGCUGAAGGAGCGGCACCAUCAGGAAAUGGAGAAUCUACAAAACCAACUUGAAAGCAAGAUCAGUGAAUUUGAGAAAAUGGUGGAAGAACACAGGAUGAGCAAUGAAAACCAGAAAGCUGCCCUGGUCCUCCAGUUCCAGCAGGAGGCCCAGGCUUUGAAGGAGGAGCUGGUCAGCGCUCAGAGCCAUGCUCAGCAGCUUCAGAACCAGCUCCAGCAGGCAGAGCUGGAACGGGCUCACCUGGAGCUAAAGCAGGCCAGUGAGAAGGAAGAACUCCAGAACCAGGAAGACGAUGAGGCUGGAAAUCUCAGACAGCAGCUGCUAGAAGCACAUACUCAGAUUGCUGAUCUGGAGGACCAGUUGAAUUCUCUGGAAAGCCAGCAAGCAGAGAUGGAUGAAAACCUUCUCUCCAGGAUGGAAGAGCUGAGGAACCAACAUGCUUCAGAGAUUCUGAAACUAAAGGAGGAACAAGGUCAGCUGCUAGAAGCACGACUGUCAGAGGAGAGACAGAAGCUGCAGAGAGAAAAGGAGGAGUUGGAGCAAAGGUUAUUAGAUGACUGGGAAAGAGAGAAGAAUGCCCUGGAAGAAAGCCACCAGAACAAACUUAAAGUCCAUUUAGAGGAGGCCAAGCUGGUGUUUGAGAAGGAGCGUGAUGAAAGGGUGAACACAUUAACAGAAGAGUGGCAGAAGGAAAGCGCACGGCGAGAUGAGCAGCACAAGACAACUCUGCAGGUUCUGCUUGAGGAAGAGACGCUGAGACUAGUCAGGGAGCAAGAGGAGAAGGAGAAGAAACUGUGGGAGCAGUGGGAGAGCCAACGAGCUCUGCUUCAGGAGCGUCAUGAGAAGGUCCUCCUGGAAAAAGUUCAUCAGGAAAGGCUGCAGCUGCAGGAGCAGUUUGAGCAAAGGGAGAGAGAACUAAGAGAAGAGUGGGAGAGGGAGAAACUUCAAACGGAAGAGGACUAUGAAAGGUUGAUCCAAAACAGGCUGACGGAGGAAAGAGGAAAAAUCCAGACUGAGAGAGAAGAGGAAGAGAGGAGGAUGAAGGAGCUGAUAGCAGAGGAGAGGGCUCGUCUAGAGGAGAGCCACGCAGCGGCCAUGAAGGAGCUCAUCAACAAGCAUGCAGAGGAGAGGAACGCACUCAGCGCCAUGUUGGACAAUCUGAGAGGGGACAUCAGUAAGGAAAGAUCCGAAGCUGCUCGACUUGCCAAGGAAAACAUCUCACUGCAAAAAAACAUCUCUGCUCUAAAGGAAGGGGACCUAAAGGAGGCCAAGGACGAGUUGAUAAAAACUUUGGAGCAUUUGGAAAAAGAGAAGUCUGCAGCUCAACAAGCAGCUGACAUUUUCAACAAACAGAUUUCAGAGUUGCAGUUACAGAGCCAACAACUGGAAGAUGACAAAGGGACUCUAACAGAGAAAAAUGCUCAAAGUGUUGCUGACAUCGAGGGUCUACGAGAGCAACUGGCAGAGCUGAUCAAGGAAAAUAAAAAGAGGGAGGCGUUCUACUCUGAAGAGAAAAACAAGAUGGCAGCCUGUGUCUCUGCUAUGGAGGCAGAUUUAAGGAAAGCUGUGGAGGACUGUGCCCAGCUGACGAAGAGAAAUGGCCAGCUCUCACAACAGCUCUCUGACCUCAAGGAGGAGGCGGUCUGUGUUGAAUCUGUGGAGAAUCAGCUCGGCCACCUGGAGGAGGAGUGGAGGAUUGCGGAUAAGGAGAGCGCAGGUCUGCGCAACCAGCUAGCUAAAACUCAAGAGCAGUUGAAAUCUGCAGAUGAAAGCGUCAAAGUCGUAAACCGACAGAACAGUCGCCUGAAGUUUGACGUCCAGGUUUUGCAGCAGGAGAGGGAUUCCCUGAAGCAUGAGGUUACUGUGCUACGAAAACAACUGCAGAAUGCAAGCGAUAAAAACCAUAUUUUAGAGAUGGCCUUGCACUCCAGCGGCCUGCAGAGUCAGAGCAAGAAGCUGUACAGAGAAGGGCUCUCCAGACUGAUGGAGCAGGAGCAGCAGCUGCUGAGGCAAGAAAACGAGAGGCUGAAAGCUGAGUUACACAACAUCAACGCUGAACUCGUCCAGUCCAGAGAAAAGAUCCGUCAACAUGAUGCUACAAUCCUCUCCCUGAACAAACAGAAACAACAAAGUCAUUCCUCCCUUCUGAGGGCCUUGGAACAGGAGAACGCCUCCUUGAAACAGGAGCUCAGUGCUAAAAGCGAGCUAACAAAGGGCUGUGAUGCUGAGCAAAGCAACACUGAACUGGAAAGCCUUCAACAAGAAAACGAGGCGCUCAAGGCGCAGAUGUCUCGACUGUCAACGCAGCUGAUGGAGUCGUUUCAGGUGCAGUUCGGUGGAGCUCUUCCUGCAUCACCUCAGAGGGGGCCAAGGGGACAGCAGCGUGGCGAGGAUCCAGACAACAUGCAGGAUGAAAGGGAGAAGAAGAUGAAGAACAUGGAGGAACGCAUGAAAGAAAUUGAACUCUCGCUGCAUAACGUGAAGCUGCUGCUGAAAGAGAAGGUCUCUCAGCUGAAGGACCAGCUGCAUAGAAAUGGCAAAGCAGAUGUGCUGAUCAAAGACCUGUAUGUGGAGAACUCUCAGCUGAUCAAGGCUCUGGAAAUAACCGAGCAGCGGCAGAAAAUUGCAGAAAAGAAGAACUACCUAUUGGAGGAAAAGAUCUCCAGCCUCAACAAGAUAGUCCGAGAUCUAAACCCGUCCACGAUUGCGUCUCUGCCGUACAACUACAAAUGCCCAUGAGGUGUCUCGUAAAAUACUCAGCAUAUCGAAGGAGUCGGUGGUGCCAACUUUAACUGUAUAGAUACUGUGUAUAUUUAACUGCUGGGACGUUUGUGCAACAGAUCCAGCUGCAGACGCAGGAUAACUGAAGGGCUCUAAUGUAUGUAAACUUCACCACUGAAUUUGCAGUAUUUUAUUUAUUUUAUUUUUAUUGUUGGCUAGGCUUUUAAUUUCACAAAAAUCCAUAAUUUUUAAAAGAUUUUUUUGACUGAGAAGGUAGAAACAAAUGAAAGAAAAAAGAUCCCAUUCUCAGGACGCUCUGGCCAAAGACAAAAGGAAUGACAUGAAGGUUUAUAGAAAGCUUAUAAUGUCGGUCUGUUAUGUUGAGAAAAAACAAUGAGUAAAAUCAAGGACCAAUAUUUUAAACUAUUAAUAUUAAAGUUUAUGCUUGUAUUUAACACUACCUAAAACUAUGUUCACUAUAAAUGUGUCCUGUGGCAAUAUUUACCAUUUUGUUUAAUUAUAAUGAAGAAAAUGCAAUUAUCUUUGGCAUCAUGUGAAGUUUCUAUCAUGAAUGUUUUAAGCUCGUAUCUACGCUAACGUGGAACCAGGGUAAUAUCUGUGUUACAGGUGUAAAUAAAAUGUUUAGC